UUUUGGACAAUUCAAAGUCUGGUGUUUUUCUGUUUGGUGUUUUAACUUGUUUUGUAUCAUCUCUUGACCAAGGCAGGAUUAGCUCAAUCGGUAAAGCGCGUGACUCCUGAGCGGGAGGUCGUGGGUUCGAUCCUCGGGGCCGGACUAAUACCCAGGGUCUUAAAAUAACUGAGAAAUGAAGGAAUUACCUUUGCCAUUCGUGCAAACCACUAGACCUUCGCGUGGCUUGCAUGACCUCAAAAAAUGGUGGUAAAUAUUGUCCUCAAUUAGAACUCGCGUGCUAAAUACUUUAACACUCAAAUAAAGUGCAUUUUUUGUUUCACUGCAGCCAGUUCCGUGGAUCUUCACUAUGGUCACACACGGCCGUUGCAUGUCACCAUGCUGCCCAAUCCAUCCCAUCUGGAAGCUGUUGAUCCCGUUGUAGUAGGAAAAGCCAGAGGAAGGCAGUUGACCCUGAAAGAUGGUUGUUAUAGUGAUCGACAUGACUGCCAAACGGGUGACAAGGUUGGUUCUCGAAAGUGUGUUUCUUUGCAGUAGUGGCAAAUGCACAGUUAGCCGUCCUUCCAACUGGGAAGUGGAGUCGGGGAGUGAUUUCAGUGCAUGAUCAUUCACGUGAUUUAGCGAGGUAAAACAUAGAUACCAAUUCCCAGCUGAGAGAAAGCCCCUGAAAAAAAUUCCGGGGCGACCAUAGUGGCUAUUAGAAGGGCUAUUAGGACUGCGUUCUUCAGACGCAAAAAAUUGUCUACAACUCUGAAGCAUAUUGUACUUAUAUAACUACAAUAAAGCACUGACAUGUAUCCUUCAUUUUCCUCAAGGUUCUUAGUGUUAUGGCUCACGGUGACGCUUCAUUUUCCGCUCAGGUAAGAUUUCAGCAGCGAGUAACUGUGGAGAUAAUUUUAAAAACCUCGAUUGUGCAGCUGAUAGCGCAGUUUGAAUUGAUUGUCAAUCUGACUACUUUGAAUUUCACAGAAAACGUUUGCGCUCUAAUCAUAUAUGGCCAUGAUUGUGCAUGCAUCGAUUAAUUGAAGCGGCUAGGCAGGGUAUAUUCUAGAGCGCGGCCUUGCGGGAUUUCCGCAAUUUGGAAAAAAAUGCCGCAUAAGAUUUACGUUGCCGCGUCAAAUGGGGCGCAAAAAAAGUAGACCCAAGGAUAAGUACUAUUUUUUUGAAAUAAAGUAUUCGAAAACAUCACUGAUAACAACACUGAUUUGAACCCCGCUCGAUAAACUUACUUUGAACUUUAAUAGCCUCUUACUGUCUCCAUUGCCUUUCUCUUCUUCGUUUGAGUCAUUAUUUCACUAGACAAACAUCCGGGAUUAUGUAGUAAUUCGAGCACAGGCUUUUUCAGUUGCCCAGAAUGUUCCAAAAUGGCGGCAAAGCGUCUGGCGAGUCCGAUCCGUGUAGGAUACUAUUGACAUAACCUGCGUCACAAACGUAAUCUAACCCCUAUUAGCAACCUCCGCAGAGCAACACCGAGAUCCUUGUUCUGGACCCUCAAUGGACAUCAAAGAAUUACGGGAAGUCCGCUUCGGAUUUCCCUUUAGCCUGAUUGGCCAGUCGAACAAUGGCUUUUUCAACGGGCCAAUCAUGGCGCGUACUCAAAUCCUGGUACACCGCUGGGGAACAGAACAAGGAUUUCGGAGCUGGCUGGCAGACGGACUUAAACAGUGGUUUAUAGUUUCGUCUGUGGCGCAAGCUACAAGUGUACCAUUCACAGAGCGUAGAAAUGCUUACCCAGGCUUGCUGGGCACCUUAAUUACUAGAGACCUUAAGAUCAAGGUUUAUCGGCAUUUCCCGCAAACCGCAAACGCCAAGAAGUCACGUAACUAGUGUCUUGCCGCCAGGUUUGCGGUUUGAGGUUCACGUUUGUACGGCUAGACCACGCUCUAGAGGUAAAACAUCACAAUCCCACCUUUAAGAAGAUAUACUACUUUUGAGAUUUCUUUUGCUUAUUAAUACUAUCGAAUUCUUUUUCAUCGCAACGUAAUUUGAAGACGAUAUUUAAGCUUAAAUUGAAGUCAACGAAUGAAUGAAAACAAACAUGGCAGACACGGGCUACCACCCGCGAAUCUUAAGUUACAAAUAUGGGCAUACGGGUAACGUGAAACUGCACACCGCAAACCACGGUUUGCCUUAUGUGGUAAGAUGGCCAAACCUCGAUCUUAAGAUCUCUAUUGUCGUUAAACAACCGAAAAUGAAAACGUUUUAAACGUGAUUGUAUUAGUUUCAAUAGUUACUUCUGUGUUUAAUUUAAAUUUACAGGGUAUUGUAACCGAGACUCUUUGCCUGGCAAACUUGCCCCAUUUUAGUGUCGGUGGUACAAUUCAUUUGAUAGUUAAUAAUCAACUUGGGUUUACUACUCCUGGAGAGAGAGGAAGGUACGAAUCACAAUCAAUUGAGAGAAAAUAUGAUCAUUGAUUAUCAUUAAGUGGUUAUCAUGAUGUGAUGCAGUGCUAAUCCGCGACUAAGAACCUACAUUUUGUCGAGUUAGCCUGAACAGGUUCUUACAAGAAUGGUAUUUUGAGCAAAUUUAGGUUAUUUUGGUUCUUAAAUAGGUUCUUACUCUCUGAAGAAAAAAAUUCCUUUGUAGUCAACCCUUUAAACCCUAAGAUCAAAAUUAAAAUUCUCCUUUGUGGCCCCUGUUCGUUUACUAUAGAAGUAGUGGGGAGAAGUUGAUAAAAUAUCAAGCAAAUACAUCUUGUGUGAUCAUGUCCUUAAUUCUCAUGACCACUUUGUUUUACAAAGCAUUGUUAUUGCAAGGAGAAAUUUGAUGCUGCUCACUCUUAGGGUUUAAAGGGUUAAGAGAAUCUAGUGCUAUUCAGCCCAACGCUCCUUGCUAAAACUUUGCUUAUCAGUCAAAAUCCUUUAGAACGUCUAUCAUAAGAAAAAUUAAUUAAAGCACUGAUCAAAUUCAUGAAUUUCGAAGCUGUACUUCAAAGUACACAUUUCUAAAUUGUAGUCUAAACAGGUUCUUGUAUAGAGGAGCUCUAGCUGACAAAUUUUAAGCUGACAGGUUCUUAAAAACUAGGCUCUCACUUGUAGGCUGGACUUGUGCUUCACUCACCAAGUUCUUUCUCAUCAAAUUCUUUCAAUCGUGGUGCGGCCUUAGCUUGCGUUUUAGUUAGAGCGAUUUUCGAAAUAUGGUUUCCGUAAGUGUUCAGUUUUUGCGUAUUCGUCUGAAAUCCUGAUAUAGAAAAGAAAGCCUCGUUCGUUUGUUUCAUCGGCAGCCCAGUUUCUGUUCUCCAAAAUGUGGAAAAUUGAUUUUCAGCUAUAUUUCGUCAGCUGGGAAUACAAUGCGCGUUCGUGUCUGUUAUAUAAAGCAAUAAAAUUCCUCUCUUCUUGUUCGUUUGUCGCUUUUGUUUGGUUCAUGCCUUAUCAUUUCCAGGUCAAAUGAAAAUCGCUCUUAUGACUUAUUUGAUAGAUACUUCUAGUUUGAUUUUAAUUGUGCAUAACAUUUGAAACGAGUAUUUGCAACAGCAAUGUUAAUGCUGACAAAACCAAACUUCCUAACUGGUUACUCGUCGUUUUGAAUCUCUUUUCUUUUCGUUUUUAAAAUGACCUUCAAUCAAUAAACGUUGAUGAAUCGCCUUUUACACUUUAAGACAAGGUCAAAUUGAAAAGGUGACUUCGGCACUAGAUCUCUCAAGAUGGCGUUGCCAUUAACAAUUACCCUAUCUUUUAGGUCGUCUCUGUAUACCAGCGAUGUUGGUAAAAUGAUUGGGUGUCCUGUUUUCCAUGUAAAUGGGGACAAUCCAGAGGUAUCAACUGCACAUAUCAUUUGACUUCAAGUUUGUUUUUUCUCUUUUUAUCUCUGUAUUUUUUCCCUUUCUUUUGACGGUAGAAUUUGUGCUAAUAUUUUUGUUCUAUGACCGUGUAUAAACAUCACAGUAAACGGACUUUUUUGUAGGAAGUGGUGCGAGCCUGUCGCCUCGCGUUGGAAUACAGAAUGAAAUACAGAAAGGACGUUAUAAUAGACAUGCUGUGCUAUAGGAGAUGGUAA